CUCAUUAUUGCUAGGCGAUGGAAUAUUUUAAAUGAUUAAAAUUCGGGAAUAAAACAGCACUUGUGACAAACACCAAAUUGAAAUGACCGGAUGUUGCGAGUGAAAUGACAGACUAGCAGUGUUGUCAAACACCUGGAGAAAAAAUACGAUCGUUAGUUUAUUUGGAGGCGGAUUAAGACCUAAUGAGAAAAAUUAUCUCCAACAAAUGGAAACGAUAGGAACAUUAUUGAAAAUAUUAUUUAUCAGUUUCUGGAUUUUGACAAAUGAAAUUUUCUUCAUUCUGAGUCAAUGAAAAUGUAAAGUCCCCAGGGAUCACGUGUUACGUCAAACGAAAUUUCUUUACCAAUUGAGUUGGUGGAGAAGUAGUGACAGCUCGGGAAGGCGGUGUCAACUACAGCAUUUCAAACUCAAGUUCCAGCGCUGAAUCCUCGAUAGAAUUUUGAUAUCCAAAAUUAGUCUCGUCACAUUUAAUUUUUAAUUAUUAAUCACAUCAUUGGUUUUUCUGGGUUAAUUAUUCGCAGAUAAAAAUUAUGCUAUUACUCGGCAAUAUUACUGAUAGAUAAUGUGACCAAAUAAAAAAAAUGAAUACAAAUCAUUUCAGUUGUUUUUUGAUACUUCAACAAUGCUUAGCAUCGUCAUGAAUUUAUCAAUAACUUCUAGGUUAACAAAUUCAGAAGUUCGCGUCGUUUUUAUUCUAUCAUAAUUGCAUUAGUAGUUAAUAUCGAUGAAAUGUCGUACGCUGAGUACGGUGCGCGAAUUUUCAUGCCAAUAAAUUUGAAGACUGAAAAAUUCCUGGUACGCGAUGACGAAUUAGCUCAGGUGAAGUCCGGUCAUCGAUUGAAGAUGUACCACUCGUAUCUGGACAUUCGGACGUGGAGCCCCAAGCAGUUGGAGACCUUCCAGUAUUUUCGGGAUGUCACGGAAAAUCAGAAUUCAGGAAAAAUAGUGCCAAUCGAUUAUUUAAUUGAAGUCAUCAAUGAUCUGAGUACACAUUCGGAAGUGCUGAUGCUGCGAGAGGAACUCGACAGAUAUAAAUCCCUUGAACUCACACCGGAGCAAGAGAAACAGCUGUAUGAAAAGAUGAGAAACAAAAGAUUCAUUGAAGGAGAACACAUGGAGACCACUGAAGACAACUUCAAAAUCAAUGAAUUGGAGGAUGAGACGCUCGUUUCUGAAGCUUCGGAUAUGACUAUUCCUUACAACUCUAAUUUGAUCAGUUACUCGUCCUUCACAUCUACGGAAAGUCUGACUCCAGAGAGCAAAACUUACGACAGCGACGUAACCAGCAAAGUUCCAUCCAACUCCUCCACAAUAGACGAGGAAGUUACGCUGUCUAACCGAAGUUGCGACAGUCGAGGUCUAGAAUCGACAAGUGGGCCCAUCGAUUCCGAGCGCACCAGGAUAAUUAAAAACGAGUCGAUGAUAAUAUCAUUGGAGAAUGCUUUAGGAGUGAAAAAAGCUGAAAUCGCAGAAUUACGAGAAAAAAUGAGAAACCUGGUGGGAGAACUACGAGAGCGAGAGACCAAAAAUAAGAAUUUACAGGAUCACCUGAGGAGUAUGCAAUCACAAUUGGAGAUGAUGGCAGAGCGCAAUUCAGCGAUCGAAGAAUACAAAAAAAUAGCGAAUGGGAAAAACUUGAUCGAUCAGUUGAAAACUAAGCUAGAUGAAAAACGAGAGCAGUGCCUUGAAAUGUCAAAGGAAAUAAAUAAAUUGCGCCAGAGGCAAAACAACGACGAGGUGCGAGCCGAGAGAGACGAUUUAAAUAAUAAACUCCAAGAACUCCUACGAUCACUGAAAAGCUUUGGAGUAGAACCAAGUGAAAAAGGACUGGAAAAAAUUUUACGAGAGAGAAAGGAAUUGAUAGAAUCUGAAAAUAACUGGCAUCUGCAGUGUUUAGACCAUGAAGAGGAAAUUGGCAAAUUAUCUCACUUGAUGGACCGGAUGUGCAAUCAACAUCAAGAACGAGAGAACGAUUUGACGAAAACUAUUGAAAAUCUCAAAAUGGAGUCGAGGAAUAAGAAUAAAAAACUGGAUGAAUACAAAGAUAAAAUGUCAACAAUGUUGAAAACAUUUGAAGAGAAAAUCAUCUACCAAAAAUCACUGGCAGAUCGAAAUAUAGAGGAUGGAAAUAUUGACAGAGUAUUGUCAUUGUAUCUGCAAAAAUCGGUUGACAAAUUCACUGAAAUUUCCGAGGCCUUCGAGUGUCUGCGAUCCACUGAAGGGGAUGGCCCUGGCCCUGGAACAAACGAAAUCGAGCAACUGAAGAAUGAACUUAUGGAGCCAAUGCAAGAACUCAAGGAGCAGAUUGUCAAAAAAACCAACGAAGCGAAUCUCUACCUCAAUCGUUAUGAAGACUGUCAGAGGAUUAUUGAGGUUCAGUCUGAAGAGUUGAAGCAGUUGCGGGGGACUCAACACAAGCUGGACGAGAGAUCGUCGAUCAUUGAAGAGUUGAAGAAAUCUCAGAGCAAAAUGGAAUUAAAAUUCGUUGAACUUCACAAAGAGCACUACAACUUAACGAACACAAUCGAAAACCUGACCAGUGAGCUGAGUCGAAAAAACGAGGAAAUAAUGAACCUCGAGACGGAGAGGGACUCUCUCUCCUGCAGACUCACUAGUUCUGGGAUCGAAUUAAAAUCGAAAGACGAUAAAAUCAACUCUCUGAAACGUGAAAACUUGGAAAUCGAGGGGAAGUUGAAAGAAGCCGAGGCGAAUGCUGUGAAAAUCCAAUCGGAGAUCAAAGUGCUCAAGCACGAGAGUGACAUCAUAAACCAGCUGUCAUUCCUGCAGAAGGAAAUCACCAAGUAUGCAAAGGAGAAGAAAAGACUGGAAGAAAGUAUUUUACAUCUUCGAGAGGAGUUCAAGACCUGCCAUAGCUCCAAUCAAACCCUGGACGAGAGUCUUAGCGAAAAAAUAAAGGAGAAAGAGUCCCUCCAGAAUAAGAUCGCCGAGAUGAAGGAGAAUAUCAGUAAUUUGUCCAACGAAUUGACCUUUAACAAUUUUGAUAGGAGAAAUAUUAUGAGUUUGCCGCUGAAACUCUGCGAGAGCAUUGAAGUGCUGAAGAAACGUCUUCAGAGCAGCUCUUCAGGGACUGAGCAUUCGAGGCCGAGCAACGAUCGCCUGGAGAACGAUGUUGAAGAGUAUCAGAGUCAGUUGUUCGGGAAUUGCAACGACAGGACCACUAUCAGAAAGAGCGAAAUUUUUUUCAACCGAAAUCUGCAACUGAUGGAGGGAACUAAGAGUGGACUUCAUCCUAUUCAUUUCAAGGGAGACGAUGAGAGGGGAAAGAGCAUUCAUCAGGAAAAUGAACAGCUGUCGUCAGGACCAACUGAUGGAAAAAUUGUCAUGCAAGAUACUCCACCAAAAACUGUCCAGGGAGAUUACGAGAAUUUGGAAAGAAAUUACGGAGGGGUGAAGAGUGUCAAGGGAUCAGAGGGCCACUAUUACGUUCCUGUAUCAGCAGACACAAAACCUUGGAUUUCGAAUUUGAUCGAGAAAAGUGUACCACAGAAAUCUGAAUUGUUCGUAAAGCCAGAGCCAGUGAGCAAUGAUCCUCCUAAAGUAUCCGUCUUCAGGAAUCCUCAAACGUUCUUCCGAGACAUCAAGAGCCCAGUAACUAUACAGUCAUCUGGGCAAUCUGAUAUGAGAGCUCCCUUCUACGACACCGCCUCCAUGAAUCAACGAUACGGACAAGACGUUCAACUGCCUAGAUACGAGUAUCAUAUUAAAUUACACGAUGUACCUGCAUCCAAAACCACAUUUCAGGUCGACACAUCAAACAAGAAUUUUAUCAGAGCAUGCAGUGCCCGCCGGAAAAACAAUAAUUAAUAUGACCUAGAUAUGGCCGGGAUUUCGAUAAAUUUACUUCACAUUUAUAAAAAAUACAGUUG